CGUUAACUAUUCGUCGGAGGAAGACCCGUGGUACGGCGUGGUAGCGUAGUAGUUGUACUAAAGGUUUGAUAUGUUUUAGUCAUUAAAGUCCACUUUGCCAAAUACCGGUUGAUUUUUAUGGAUUUCCUGACGUUUACGUGUCUAUAAACGGUUUAAAGGUAAAGCUACGAGAAUGCCAUUACAUGGGAAAAUAGUUGUGAUAAAGAGGAGUGGAGGAGACGGGACUGAGUUUCCCCUCGCUGCCUCCUGCUUAUUUGGAAGGAAGACUGAUUGUGACAUCCGUAUUCAGCUUCCUCAAGUGUCCAAGGAGCAUUGCAGAAUUGAUCUGAAUGAAAAUAAAGAGGUUAUUGUGACAAAUUUGAGCUCUGCAAAUCCAACUUGUAUCAACGGGCAGGCUUUGCAGCAGUCUGAGCGUUUAAAGCAUGGAGAUGUGAUAACUAUUAUUGAUCGUUCUUUCAGGUUCGAGUACCCUCCAGCACCCACACCCAAAAAGAGAUCUUCCAUUGGAGGCAAAGCUGAAACCCUUAAAGUUCUGCAAGAUCACCAAGUUGGGAGCACUACCACAGUUGAAAAAAGAAUCUCUGAAGCAUCAUCUGACCCCCAUCUGAAAGUUGGAAACAACCAUGACAACAUCCAACGAUCCCUGGAGAAGACUUUGGAGUUGGAAUCCAAAGAAGAUGGUUGUCUGCCUCAAAGCAAGGCUGCGUCCCCUUUCAAUGAUCUGUAUCAAAUGAUUAAAAAAUCUCUUGAUGUCAAGACCCCUCGGAAGUCUUCUGCCAGUCUAUUGCAGACGCCUUCAUCAAAGUUUUGCACUCCACAGCCUCAGUCAGUCAGAAAAAAUGAUGGAACACCUUUCAUUUUCACUGCAUGCAAAGGCACCCCUAAGAGAGAGGCAGCAAGAAUCUCUCCCAGAACAACUGAAACUAAGAAAGCUGAAACACCUAGCAGUGGGACUCCACAGUCUGUUAAGAAGCAGAGAAGGUCCCUCCAGGCUUCUGCUACAAAGACAGAGGCACCUGAUGUUGAAGCCGAACAGUCUAAACUAACUUCACCACAAACAAGACGCCAAGCAACACCCCAGAAGUUUACUUUGACUGAGGUUAUUGAGCAACUCCCUACUCCAAUGCCCAAGUCACCUGUGAGAAGAAGAAGCAAAGAUAACACACCAGCCAAGGAAACAGUGAACAAGGACGAAGAGAAAGCUAUGACGUCUCCCAAAACAGAAGCUAAACGAAAGGCAACACCAAAGAGCUCAGAGAAAGGAGAUCAAGUUAAAGAGAUGCCCAAAAAGCGUAAAAGUGGAGAACUUGGAAAAGAUUUACCCAUGCAACAGAUGAAAAAGAAGCGUGUGUCUUUUGGAGGUCAUUUGAGUCCAGAGUUAUUUGACAAACGUCUACCUCCAAACUCACCAUUACGUAAAGGGGCCACUCCGCGGAGAAGUUUGUGUCUCUUAAAACCGAAAGAGUCACUCCUUAGGCGAGCAUCAGUCAUUGGUUUGAUGAAGUUUGAUCAAGAUCGUGGCAAAAAUACUUCUCCCAAGACACCAACAUCUGCAAAGAAGUCACCUGCAUCCAAGACGGCAUCUCCCAAGACUCCAUCACCUGGAAAGAAGUCACCUGCAUCCAAGACGGCAUCUCCCAAGACUCCAUCACCUGGAAAGAAGUCGCCUGCAUCCAAGACAGCAUCUCCCAAGACACCAACAUCUGCAAAGAAGUCACCUGCAUCCAAGACGGCAUCUCCCAAGACUCCAUCACCUGGAAAGAAGUCACCUGCAUCCAAGACAGCAUCUCCCAAGACACCAACAUCUGCAAAGAAGUCACCUGCAUCCAAGACGGCAUCUCCCAAGACUCCAUCACCUGGAAAGAAGUCGCCUGCAUCCAAGACAGCAUCUCCCAAGACACCAACAUCUGCAAAGAAGUCGCCUGCAUCCAAGACAGCAUCUCCCAAGACACCAACAUCUGCAAGGAAGUCGCCUGCAUCCAAGACCCCAUCACCUGGAAAUAAAUCAAAGACCCCAAAGGCCAAUGACCAACCAAAAAAUCAGCGAAAGUCCACAGGGUCUACAGUGAGGAGAAGGUCUAGUCCAAAUAUUAAAGAAAACACACCCACUGCCACUGUAACACCAGUGAAAACCCCCUUGAAUUCAAGGAUACAGACCCCUACAGUACAAGGCCGCUUCUCUGUGUCUCGCAUCAGCACACCAUCUCCAACUGCUGUAGAUGAUGUUAUUGACAUGGCUUCUUCAGCCACUGUAACUCCUAAAAUACCACUGAGACGGAAGAGCAUGAAGAGCACCACAAAGAAGACUCCAGGUUUGACGAAGAGUGCUGUAAAAGUGAUUCGCAGAAGUGGAAUUUCACGAGUCUCUAUGAAGGCUAUGAAUUCCUGGGCAGACAUUGUGAAAUUUGGCCAGGCUAAGGUCCAGCGGGCUGCCCCAACAGCUAAAUGCCAGACAGUCACCAAAAAGACUGUGAAGAAAGUUCCCAAACCACAGACACCUGCAAGACGCCUGAAGGACCUCGCACUGGCCAGCACUGGACAUGCAAAUUCACCUGCUACGAUUGUUGUGGGAAGAGCUGUCAAACAGAGGGUUGUACAUGCCACUGGUGCUGCACCAAGAGUGGUCAUUAAUACAGCACUGUCCAAGAAGGACAUGAAAAUGGAUGAAGACAUGACUGGAAUUUCUGAAAUGUUUAAAACUCCUGUACAUGAAAGGGAGAGAUCUGUCAACAGUGAGAAGAGUGUCCUCAAAACACCAGUAGUAGAUCUCAGCAGAUCGCUGGUAGAACCAUCCAUGUUGAACACACCAGAGGAGCCAGGUCAAAUGACGGUGUCACCCCUGACUGUGAAAGUCACAAGAUACAACAGUGAGGCAGUCCAGCGCCUCCUUAAUGGAGACAAAGAAGCAAUCUCUGGUGACAUACCUCCUUUGGAGAUUAGCUCUGAUUCUAGUGAGCAGCAGCCCAAUGACAUGAGUUCACACGCUCCAACAACUCCAAACCAGAAGAUAGAACUGUCAGAGUGUUUCACUGGAGUCAAGAGAAUUAUGAAGACACCAAAGCAGGAAAACAAACCUCUUGAGGACUUGAGAGGGAAACUUCUCAAGACUCCCAGACAGAAACCUGAACCAAAGGAGUGUCUGACCGGAGUGAAGAGGAUCAUGAAGACUCCAAAAUUGAAAGCAGAACCUGUAGAGGACAUCAGAGGAAAUCUCCUGAAGACUCCUACGCAGAAAACUGAACAGCAAGAGUGUCUCACCGGAGUCAAGAGAAUGAUGAGGACCCCAAGACAGAAGUCUGAACCUGUAGAGGACAUCAGAGGAAAUCUCCUGAAGACUCCCAAGCAGAAGACUGAGCAGCAAGAGUGUCUCACCGGAGUCAAGAGAAUGAUGAGGACCCCAAGACAGAAGUCUGAACCUGUAGAGGACAUCAGAGGAAAUCUCCUGAAGACUCCCAAGCAGAAGCCUGAACAGAAAGAGUGCCUCAGUGGAGUAAAGCAAAUUUUCAACAUUCCACAAUGGGAGGAUGAACCACUCGAAGAAGGAAGACUUGAUGAAGCUAAAGAACUUUUGGAGAUGCCUAAAUUCAUGCAGGAAUCUGACAUCCUAUCUGAUGAGAUGGCCAAGAAAACUGAGAGCUCCCCAUCCAUGCUUCUCUCAGGCAUCAAGACAAUGACGAAGACCCCCAAGGAGAAAAGCACUCCUGUUGAAGAUAUGGUUGGUCUUAAGAGGCUCAUGAAAACUCCAAAGGAAAAGAGCGAACCUGUUGAGAAGAACUUUGGUAUCAAGAGACUCAUGAAGUCACCGCGGCUGAGGGGUGUUGCACCAGUGGAAGACUUUGAAGGCCUUGAAGAGCUCAUGAAGGAGCCACUGAGUACUCCAGCAGGACAAGAAAAGGCAGUUGAGACUGAAGAACAAAUGCUUUUGGAUUGUGAUUCAGCAAUAGAAAAAGAGCUGGACUUGGCUGAGGAUCUGCAAAAUAAUGCAGACAUGGCAAAAGCAGAUCCAACUGAAGCUAUUGGUGAUAACGAGUCAGAGGAAGUCCACGUUGAGACUGGCCUAUCAGACGCCAUGGACACUGUCUCUGAAUCAGGAGUAGAUGAUGGUUCACUAAAAGACCAAGCUGAAGUAGAGGCAGAUGCCAAUGAAGUCAUGCCCAGUGGAAGUGAAGAAAAUACUACACAUUCCAUGGAAAUCAUUACCCAGGAACCAACAGCUGAGAGUUUAGCUCUGGAGACGGCAACUUGCAAAGUGACAGAAAUUGAUGAAACUGUCAUCCCUGAUGUUCAGAAGAAAUCUGUUCGAGGCAGAAGGGCAAAGGUGGCGGAAUCUAAAGCAGCUGAUGACAAACAGCAGGUAGCACCGUCUGAAGACCCUGUCAUUCCAGCUCCAGUCAGAGGACGAAGAGGGAAGAAAACUGAAGCUCCGGCACCACCUGCUGUCAGACAGACCGCAAGAGGCAGAAAUGCUAAAACCACUGAAUCCAAGGAUGAUGCACUCACACAAGAGGAAAGUGCUGCAGUGCCUGCUGUCAAACCAAAGCAAAAGGUCAAAAAAGCUACUGAAGAACAAGCUCAAACAGUCCAGGAGGUUCCUGCUGAAACCGUAGAGGUGCCAGAAGAUAAACAGACAUCCCAAGUUAAUGCCGAUCAUGAAGCAAAUGAUGAUGCAGAACCUCAAGGGAAACCUGUUGUCAAGCGAGGAAAGAAAAGUAAACAGGCAUCUGUUCCCCAGGCUGAUGUGGCAGAAGAUGCAAGUGAGGUGGUUCCUGCUCAAGGUGAAGAAAAUACAAUGGAUGCAACAGAAACUGAGGUGCCAGAAGUGAAGACAGACACUUUCAAAGUCACUGAAAAUGAAGUUGUUGUCAUCCCUGAUACUCAGAAGAAACCUCUUCGAGGCAGAAGGGCAAAGGUGGUGGAAUCUAAAGUGACUGAUGUUGAACAGGCUGUAGCAUCUGAAGAACCUGUUGUUGCAGCUCCAGUCAAAGGACGAAGAGGGAAGAAAACUGAAGCUCCAGCACCACCUGCUGUCAGACAGACCACAAGAGGCAGAAAUGCCAAAGCUCAAGAAGGCACUUCUGAUGAGAAACCUGAAAAAGUCCCAGAGAAGUCUGUAGAAACUCAAAUGGUGCCUGAUGUAUCUGCUGAAGAUGCAGGAGACCAACAUGCAGUAAUAAAUGCCAGUCAUGUAGAUGUUCCAGCACCCCCUGAAGAAAAAUCCACAUCAAAACCCAAAAGGGGGAGAAAAACUAAACCAACACCUGUUGAGGCACCUCAACCAGAGGCAGAAAGCACUGAAGUUGUGAAUGACCAGCAGGUUAUAGAAGAUGUUCAGCCGGAACUGCCUGUUCCCACUGUUGACAAACCUAAGAGAGGUGGGAGAAAGACCAAACCAGAUGCUGGUAAACAAAAUGAGGUGACAGAAGACACAGUUGUCCCAGAGGAGACCAAGCAGGUGGCUCGACCCCCUGCCAGGGCAAAGAGGGGAAGAAAUGCUAAAGAGGAAGAAAAGCCAGACAACAAUGAACCAGCUCUUCCAGUUGAGACUCCAACACCCCAUGAGCCUGUGAAAAAAAUGAGAAGGACCAGGAAGGCUGAGCAAGAUCCUGAAGAACCAAGUGAAGAAGUCCCAACAGCUAAAACUGUUACACCAGAGGAGAUGGUGGCUUCAGUUCCGGCUCAGCCUGAAAAGAUCAAAGAAGCUACUCAGGUUCCAAAACCUAGAAGAGGUGCACGGAAAGCACAAGAGCCUGACAGUGUAACCCCAGUCGAAUCCACGGAGGUUCAGGAGGUCCCUGUAGUCAGCUCCACAGACAAGCCCAAGCGAGGCAGGAGAGGAAAACAAGCUGCUGAAGAGGCCAGUGUCACUGAAAUGGUGCCAGAAGAAAAACCUGAGCAUGAGCCAGAGACUGAAGAGAAGACUAACACUGAGUCCACUCAUGCUGUAAAAACCAAACCAAGUAGAGUGAGGGGGGUCAAAACCUCAGCAAAAAAUGAGGUCUCUGAAUCAGUUCCAGCCAAAAGAGUACGUCGAGGUGCCGCUGUUCCUGUAGAGGAGAGCAGUGUAGAAGUCACUGAUGUGGUUCCAGAACCUGCUCCACUUCCAGUGGAGCCUGUCAAAAGGGGGAGAAGGGCAGCAACAAAGGCUAAAACAAACACUGAAGAGAUGGUGAGCAGUGACCAGGUGAACUCCACUGAAGAUUCAAGCAACGCUGUUGAAGACAAGAAAUCUAAAAGAUCUGUUAAAUGGAAAGCAGACUGUGAGGUCUUUGAAGUAACUCCUCUGAAGGCCGUUCGAGGCAGGAAGUUGAAGUCCGGAGACCAAAAGGAUACUGAAAGCAACAAUAUGUCAAAGAGUGCCACCAAAACUGAAGAGGAGGAUCUCUCGGAUCAGAAAUCUCAGCCUGUGAAGAGAGCCAGGCGAGGGGCAAAGGUCACCGAUAUCAAAGAGGAGUCCACAAACAAGCUUCCUGAAGAGGACCAGGUCAUCUCAAAGAAGGACGAUACUGAGGCACAGCCAAAAACUAGAAGAGGAAGAUCAGCUAAGAAAUGAGGGCUUUUGUAGAUAUUGUUAAACACAAUACUUUUUGAAACCUUUUGUACUUUUUUUUUUUUGUUUGUAAUCUAAGGCUUUUUAUUUUUUGAAAGUGGGUUUUAAUGACUGAAAACUAUGCACUGCUUUUUUUUUUCUUCUGAAUACAACAGGGAAUCUCAUUUUAACAUUUGUUGUCACCAGUUGUAAGGCAUUCAUUACUGAUUUUACAAAUGUUUUUAUGGUUGG